CCACAUGAUCAGAGCCAACCGGCCCCCCUGCAGGCAAAAUGACCAAUCAAAUCAGCUUCAGAUGGAAACCAAUCCCCCCAGCAUAUAAACACAGGAAUGAGACAUACAAACCCAUUUUUAAAGGUUUUGGGGUUUGUUGUUUUUUUUUUUUAAAUCUCUACCAACCACUUGUGGGAAGUUUCUUGCUAGUGCUGGGACCAAUACACCAGACCAGAGCAAUCCCUCUCCUGGAGCCCAGAUUAUCCCCUCCUCCUGCACAAAGACCCUCUGAGGACUGAAGAUGACAACAGAUACAAUAGAGAGCAAUAACACCAAAUCCAGCGCUCCUCUCUUGACUCAGAAAUACCUGAGGCUGGUGACCAAGGAUGGGCACAGCACGUUCCAAAUGGCUGGUGCCCAAGGCAGAGGUGUGGCGUACCUCCGAGAUGUGUGGGGGAUACUCAUGGACAUGCGCUGGAGGUGGAUGAUGCUCGUCUUCUCAGCUUCCUUUGUCAUUCACUGGCUGGUCUUUGCAGUGCUCUGGUAUCUGCUGGCUGAGAUGAAUGGGGACCUGGAGCUGGACCACGAUGCUCCACCUGACAACCACACUAUAUGUGUGAAGUACAUCACCAGUUUUACAGCUGCCUUCUCCUUCUCCCUGGAGACACAACUCACGAUUGGCUAUGGCACCAUGUUCCCAAGUGGGGAUUGUCCCAGUGCUAUUGCACUGCUGGCAAUUCAGAUGGUCCUAGGGCUCAUGCUAGAAGCCUUCCUCACAGGUGCUUUUGUGGCCAAGAUUGCGCGCCCAAAGAACCGGGCACUCUCCAUCCGCUUCUCACGCUUCGCCGUGGUCACACACCCCGAGGGGAAGCCACACCUCAUGUUCCAGGUGGCCAACACUCGCUCCAGCCCCCUAACCAGCGUCCAGAUCUCUGCUAUACUUUACCAAGAACAAGAGAGUGGGCAGCUGCACCAAACUAGCAUUGACUUCCACCUGGACAGCAUCACUGCAGAUGAGUGCCCUUUUUUCAUUUUCCCACUGACCUACUACCACUCCAUCACUGCAGCCAGCCCACUGGCUGCCCUCCUUCAAAGAGAAGCUCCUCACCAUUUUGAGCUGGUCGUCUUCCUGUCAGCUGUGCAGGAGGGCACAGGAGAAACAUGUCAGAGGAGAACAUCCUACCUCUCGUCAGAGAUCCUGGUGUACCACCGCUUUGCCUCCCUGCUAGCCCGCAAUGCCAAAGGUGAAUACCAGAUCAAGAUGGAGAAUUUUGACAAGACUAUUCCUGAGCUCCCAGCUGCAGCUGACUCAAAGAGUCCAAAAAGGACUGACAAGGAGAUCCGCAUCAAUGGACAGCAUACCGACAGCUUCCAGCUCUCUGAGACUGGCCUCACAGAGUAGAAUUAAUUGACCUUGAACUUUGUGCUUUUUUAAUUAUUAUUACAUUAAACUUGCGGGUUCCACUUAAAAACUCACUUCCUUGCCUGCCCUGCCAUCUUCUAGUGAUCUCUCUUGCAGUCCCAUCCUUUUCAUUACAACGUGAGAUACAGAGUGAAGAGAACUCGUGUGCCCACUGAGGAGGCACUGCAUUAACCAUCCAGGUUGAAGUCAGGUGCAUCACUCACAGUACUAAUUCUUGGGAAAUUAGAAGAGCUAUCUGCUGAAUUCACCAGACUACGAUUAAAGCCACAUUGACCCUGAAAGGAGAGAUCUUCAAAAUUCCCAAAGGUGACCAAAGUCAUAAUUAACCAGCUUGUGAAAAAAUGGACAACAAAACAAAUGGAGAAAAUAAUAUGGGGUCAUUCAGUAAACACAUGAAUUCUGGUAUAAGUAACUCUGCUCAUCCAAGAGCCUAGCUUUUCUAUUCUCUUAACUCUUUGGGAAUACAGACUUUCAUCAUUUUUCAGAUGGCUGAUAGUCCUGCCAACCUCUCAUGACCGUGCACAGCACUCCAGCUGUGCUUACUAAGCAAAAUUGUACAUACUAAGUGCAGUUCCUCAUUCUGCUAAAUAAGAGAACAUCUCACUCCCAGACAGGUCUAUGAAGACACUAUCCAAAAAUCUGGUUGUAUAUGACAAAUACUGCAAUAGAAAUUUUUUCUUAUUUGAAAACACUGAAUAAAUUCAGCAGUGGGGAAAAAAAAAAAAAAGACCGCUUCUAAUGAAUUAAUGUGGAGGGUUUUUGUAAAGCUCCAUACAUUCCACAUGUUUUCACCUUUGCAUUGCUUGUCUCAAGUAUAUCUGACUCAGAAGGAUGCACUAUAUAUAUGAGAAGUAGAACUGCAUCCAUUGAUAUUUUAUGCUUUCUAACAUCAAUCUUUGCCUGUACACACCGCACAAAAAAUAUUUAGAGACACUUGAAUCAAUUUUGAAAUAAAAAAUUAAAACAAACUAUAUAUGAGACUUCUGUAUUUAAGUGCCUCAUAAACCUUCUGCAACUAAGAUGCCAUUCUAAAGCUCCUAAAUAAUUUAAGAUGCUAAAGGAAAAACACAGUGAUGGAUAACUAUUUCCAAGCCCUUAACAAAAGCAUUGCCUAUUAAGGGUUCAUACCUGAACACUCAAGUAAAAUUAAAGUUACCUUUCAAAGGUAAAAUACUUUUCCCAGAAACCCAGAUGGCAUAAAUAGCAACUUUUAUUGACAACACCGUAAGACACUAGCAAAUACACUUCCUCUUAACUUCACCCCAGUGGUCAGCAGCAGGAAAAAUGGUCUCAAGCAAUCUGAUGAGGUAGCUUAAACUGAAUUCUCAAGUCACAAAACUGUUCACUGAAGUGUGUUCAUAACCCAAACAGGGUAGGCAAAAAAGCUACUUUGGUUCAGGGUUUGGGAAAAUGGAGAGCCACCCCACAGAAGCAUUCCACACACAGUUGGGGAAUGAGGUAGAAGGGCCGCAUUUUUGCUCCAACUGAGCUCUCAUUCCAAAAUAGUUCAAGUGCUGCCUUCCCCCAUUGCAGACUUCAGAUUUAUCACAGACACUCCCAAAAUCUUUUUUGUACUGAAUUCUAUGGACAAGCAUUCAUGACUAUGGUGGAGCUUGGAGAGCAGCACUAUCAAGUUAUACUGCCUUCAUCCCUUUUCAUUACAGUUUGUUUAGUUGUCUAUUCAUACACAGUUUAAAGAGCCCUUUUCCACCCAUGUGUCAACACCAAUAAUUUUUAAUUAUUUCUUGCAUUUUUUCCACAUUCUCUGUCAGUGUAAGACAUUGAUAAGAGUCCUACAAAUUAAAAACUACUGCAAGACCAGGAGAACAGACUACCAUAUAAAUGCUGAAAUAGGGCAGCAUUCUGUGUGAGGUACUGAGUAUUCUGUUUGACAGUAUUCUGGGUGAGGCAUUUUUUUUCCCCAUACAUCACAUGGGACUAUAAUCUCAUGAUUUAGAGCCACAGUUAUACAAAGCUAUUUCUAAUUUCAAUUCUCAUCUA